CCAUGACUAUCUAAAAAACACCCACAACAAAAUAUCCACAUAAUAAUUAGCAUUAAAGUUUUAUAAUUCAUAUUGAUGGAUUGCAAGCAAUUUGCCUUGCCUCUGCUAGCGAAGUGAAACCUAGGCCCAAUUCCAGUUUGCAGACAGUCAACACAGUAGUAGUCUUCGGGCAGCAUGUCGCAGAAAAAGUUAACGUUAAACAGCACAAGUUCGAGUCCCAAAUGGAGGUAUCUCUAUCUGAGACGCAAUCACAGGCAUCGCUUGGCCGCCUUUUUCGCUGAAUUUGUGGGCACCGCCACAUUCAUCUUUAUUGCCUGCAUGGGCUGUGUGACCACGCCCCUCUUCUUUAACUCACACUUCGAGCUGAGUCUGAACUUUGGCCUCGCCAUUAUGAUUGCCAUCCAGAGUUUUGGAUCCAUUUCGGGGGCGCAUCUCAAUCCAGCCAUCACAUUGGCUGCUUUGAUCUAUGGUGCAAUCAAUUGGUACAUGUCCAUUGCGUAUCUGGUGGCUCAAGUGGCUGGUGCACUGGUUGGCUACGGAUUACUAAAGGCUGUGCUCCCACUGAAUGCCAUCAUCGGUGUGGAUCAGCCAGCUGGAGUGUGUGUCACCACGCUCAGCAGUGACAUCUCAGAGCUGCAGGGAGUGUUCAUUGAACUGCUGCUCACCUGCUUCCUGACGAUGGUCGCCUGCUCCGUUUGGGACCCGCGCAAUGAGAAACUCAAAGAUUCGACGCCACUGCGCUUUGGCCUCACAGUGUCGAGUCUGAAUUUGGCAGCGGGUCUCUUCACCGGUUCCAGCAUGAAUCCAACACGCUCAUUGGGACCUGCCGUGUGGAACAAUUCGUGGAAACAUCAUUGGAUCUAUUGGGUGGGUCCUUUGGUGGGUGCAGCGCUCACUUCGAUCAUCUACCGUUUGUUCUUUAAAGGCGAGCGCGAGGAAGUCAUCGUUGAGCUGCGCGACUCGAAUGCGAAAAUUCAAUUUAUCGAUAAGGUUUAAAUUCUACAGAGUACUAAUAUUAAGUUCGCUAUAUACAGAAAUACUUAGUUUUAAUCUAGAGUUAAGUGUUUGCAAUAAAACACGAUUCCAUAUCGUGCUGUCGCUGGAAUUCAGUCUGCUUAUUGGAAGAUUGCUUAUUUUAAAUUAAAAUAAAACACCAAAAUGUGUUGAUAAGGCAUUUCAAAUUAUUAAACAAAUUGCAUGUGACCGACUAAGUGUUCUAACACUUAACACUUAACUUAGUAACCCACUUCUACACGCGUCUUUAUGUUGAGAUUUUAAAACGGAGACACCGAAAUAAGGACGGCAUAAGAUAUGAUAAGAAUUAGACGUAAGAGUAACUUAGCCGGAAAUUUUAGAAAAAUGCUGACACUUAUAAUGAUUUAAAAAGGUUUCAAAGUGUG